GUCACUUUAAAUAGACUAUUCCGCAGAGGCACUAGAGGGUCCUACUUACACUCAUUGUCAUUUUUCACAAUCCCGCAUAUUUUCUAGUCGCACUAAUAAUUUGGCUUGGUGGUAAUCCUCACUAGUUCAUAACUCCACUGGAUUAUCAAUUCCAGAGGACUGAGUUAUUCGGCUUCCAUGGCAUUUCCUGAACCAACAUCUGGUUUUGAAGAAGAAGGGAAUGAAGCAGUCCCUUAUCACCCUUCUGCUCCUGCUUCCGAGUUAUUUGAUGACUCAACAACUACAAUUGAUCCAAGUUAUAUAAUCUCAUUGAUACGGAAACUUCUGUUGCAUGUUCCUCACGAUGUGAGGGAUAAUCGUCCUGAUGAUGGAGCGGGUGCUCGUUGUAAUGGUUUUGUUGAAGAUUCGGAGAUGGUUAACGGUCAGGAAAGUACACCUGCUGGGCCUAAUUCCAAUGUCCAAACCUGUACAGACAAUGAAAGUGAGCCCAUGGAUAUUCCUAAUGAUGAAAAUGAAAAGUCUUGUGAGAACAAAGGAGGUGAGAUGGAUGGUUCUGAAUGUCAUGAGAUUUUAACGGAGGAGGAAGCUUGGGAAGAGUAUGGUUGUGUUUUAUGGGAUCUUGCUGCAAAUAAAACACAUGCAGUUUUCAUGGUAGAAAACCUUUUACUUGAUGUGCUUUUGGCAAGUCUGGCUAUUUCUCAAUCUGUGCGGGUUAUAGAAAUUAACCUGGGUAUCCUUGCAAAUCUUGCUUGCCAUGAGGCUCCAAGAAGCAGUAUAAUCUCUACAAAUGGACUGAUUUACGUAAUUGUAGAUAAGUUGUUUGUAGAUGACUCCACAUGCCUGUCUGAAGUUUGCCGGUUCUUAACUUUGGCUCUUCGACAUAGUGGAUCUGUCACCUGGGCUGAAGCAUUGAGAAAUGAACGUGUUCUACUCCGUAUUUUAUGGGUUGCUGAGAAUACACUUAAUUCUCAGCUUUUGGAAAAGAGUGUUGGUUUACUGUUGGCAAUGGUAGAUAAUCAACAUGGAAUAACAGUUUUCCUUCUUCCACCACUGAUGGAGUUGGGUUUGCCGAACAGGUUGAUUAAUCUGUUGGAAUUUGAGGUGAAAAGCUUAUACAGCGACAGAACACCUGAUAGGUUCCCCGCUCUUGAUGUGAUUCUUGAAGUCAUUGAGGUUCUUUCUGUCGUUGAGUAUUCAACGCCGUUAGCCCAGAACAGGGAACUUUUGAAGUUAAUUGUUGAUGUGGUAAAGCUUCCUGACAAGUCUGAGGUGUCCAACUCUUGUAUCACUGCUAUAGUCUUGUUUGCAAAUUUCCUGGCGGACAAACCAGAUUUAAUUUCUGAAGUCUUACAAGAUGUUCCAUUCUUACAGGGUUUGCUUGAUACCCUUCCCUAUGUCUCGGACGACUCAGAAGCACGCCAUGCACUCUGGAGUGUUGUGGGGAAGCUGUUACUUGAAGUUCAUGAACAUGUGAUUCCUCCAUCACUUCUGCUCCAAUACGUGUCUGUUUUCAUUGAAAAAUCCGAUUGUAUAGAGGAAGACUUGAUUGACCAUAGGGAAGAAGACCUGGGUGAAGAAUAUAAGAAGUCAGAGGGGUUCUAUAUAAGACGGAAUGCCAGAGUUUCAUCUCUAAAUAAGAUCGCUAUGAUUUUACAAUAUUGGUCAUCUGUAAGCCACAGCGUUCCUGAAGCAGACGCCCCGAAGAACGACCACCCUGAUGGAGUACUAAAACAUCUGAUUGAAUGUUGUAGAUCAAACCUUGUAUUUCUUGAAUGAAAGCGGGGAUAGAAUUGAUGAACAACAGGGCAACUUCUUGGACUUAGGUCUCAGACUCCAAUUCCGUACCGAGUCGAUGAUUGUAUUGUUGAGGAUUGAGGAUUACUGUAACAGUAAUAUGUAUAUCUUGAAUGGAUCAGCUAGUCUUUUAAUCUUUUCUACUAGUAUUGUAAAUAGUGAGGAAAUGAGAGAAAUCAAACAGAAACUCGAGAGGUCAUAUCUAUGCAAUGUUGGUUCUUUCAGUAUGUAUUACACUUGAAAAGAGAGGACCCUACUCGGUUGGCAUAUGCCUAAACUGGAAAUUCUGUUAUUAUUUCACAUGAUAUACAGAUCCAUCUUCUCUUU